CCCGGACAGUGAUUCCCUGAGUGAGUCCCACUUCGUACCCAACUCGCGCAAACCUGCUCGCGUCACGGGCCACAGCGGUUGCACCUUACCACCAGUACCCUACUGUAUCCUUAUCAUGUCUCAAACAUCCCUGACAAUCUAUUUCACUCUCACAUCUCCCGGGCGCAUUCAUAUGUUGACUUACCACUCGAGCACUCGAGUGCUAGCACAGUACCCCCUCCACCUUUUCACCUUCCACCCUUCAAACAACCACAGCGACAAUAACAACAACCACCGCACAUACAUACAUACAUACAUACAUACAUACAUCCAUACGAUACCCACAAGCAAAGAAAAACGGAAAUGGACCACUCAACCCACGAUCACCAUGCGCACAUGAUGCAUGCUUCGGCAAACCAUGACAUGCACGCAUCCCCAGAAGCACACAGGUGUCAAAUGAGCAUGCUCUUCACUUGGUCAACCAAAGACCUCUGCCUAGUAUUCCGCAGCUGGCAUGUCCACAACACGACAACCUUGAUCCUCUCCCUAUUUGCCGUGAUCGCGCUAUCCGCCGGCUACGAGUUCGUUCGUGAUCUGGCGCGGCGGUAUGAAGCCCGUGUUGAUGGGUCGCUAUCAAUAAGUGAAGAAACGAGCUCAUUACUCCCAGGACGUGCCGGUAUAGCUGCGGGGACGGAUGAGGUUGAGAGAAGGAGGAGGAGCGGAAGGUUUGGGAAGGCGGUGUUUUACGGGGUGCAGGUUUUCUAUAGCUUUUUCAUUAUGUUGUUGUUCAUGACGUAUAAUGGCUGGGUCAUGAUUUCUGUUGCCAUCGGGUCGGCUAUCGGGUAUACCCUUUGGGGAUCCGGGGCUGCUAAGAGUGUUGCUUGUCAUUAAGAUAGUUGGGCAGCGAGGUGGGGAUAGAAGGAGUAGAGAGGGAGAGUAGGGAGAGUAGGGAGAGUAGGGAGAGUAGGGAGAGUAGGGAGAGUAGGGAGAGUAGGGAGAGUAGGGAGAGUAGUAGGGAGAGUAUGAGGGGUAGGGAGUUGCAAUUCAGAAUCUUUUUCACACUUGGA